CAACAGAAACCUUAAAGCAAUCACUAAAACACUCUUUCUUAAAUCUUAACCAAAAUCUUCCUGCAACAUCGUCUAUUGUUUCCUGUUUUUUUCCCAGGAUUAUAAUGUCGCUGAUUCCAAGCUUCUUCGGUGGCCAACGAAGCAACGUCUUCGACCCAUUCUCCCUCGAAAUCUGGGACCCCUUCUAUGACUUCCCAUUCUCUAACGCCGCCGUCUCUGCACCGCUGCGCUCGGAGGUUUCCGGCGAGACAGCGCGGUUCGCCAGCGCGAGGAUCGACUGGAAGGAGACCCCGGAGGCGCAUGUUUUCACGGCGGACCUUCCCGGGCUGAAGAAAGAAGAGGUGAAGGUGGAGGUGGAGGAAGGGAGACUGCUGCAGAUCAGCGGAGAGAGAAGUAGGGAGCAGGAGGAGAAGACGGACACGUGGCACCGGAUGGAGAGGAGCUCCGGGAAGUUUCUCCGGCGGUUCAGGCUGCCGGAGAAUGUGAAGAUGGAUGGGAUAAAGGCUAGCAUGGAGAAUGGGGUGUUGAGUGUGACGGUGCCCAAGGAGGAGCCCAAGAAGGCUGAAGUUAAGGCUAUCGACAUUUCUGCUUAAUUAAUGUUUG